GACGCUGCGGCCCUUCGGCAGCCCCGGGGCCGGCUGCAUUAGCGAGGGCCGCUCCUACGACACGGACGCAGGCCCAGUGUUCGUCAAGGUCAAUCGCCGAGCGCAGGAAGGGGCUCUUUUUUCCUGGUUCUGAGCCCCAAUCUGGCUCCAGAGCCUUUAGAGUUCAGGACCAUAUUUGGACACAGGCCCGGCAGAUGUUCGAGGGGGAGAUGGCCAGCCUGGAGGCCCUCCGGAGUACUGGCCUGGUGCGGGCACCUCGGCCCAUCAAGAUUUUCGACGUGCCGGGAGGAGGCGCCGCCUUUGUGAUGGAGCAUCUGAAGAUGCGGAGUCUGAGCAGCCAGGCAGCGACCCUCGGCGCCCAGAUGGCUGAACUGCAUCUUUACAACCAGAAGCUGGGAAAAAGUUGGAAGGAGAAGGAGCACACAGUGGGCCACAGAGCAGAUGGUGAUCAGCCCCCCUAUGUGACCAAGUUUGGCUUCCACACGGUGACGUGCUGUGGCUUCAUCACACAGGUGAACGAAUGGCAGGACGACUGGGCCACCUUCUUUACGCGGCACCGGCUUCAGGCGCAGCUGGACCUCAUCGAGAAGGAUUAUGCCGAUCAGGAGCUGCGGGAACUCUGGGCCCGGCUCCAGGUGAAAAUUCCAGAUAUGUUUAGUGGCCUAGAAAUUGUCCCUGCCCUUCUUCAUGGGGAUCUCUGGUCAGGAAAUGUGGCCGAGGACGACGAAGGGCCCCUCAUUUAUGACCCGGCAUCCUUUUAUGGCCAUUCUGAGUUUGAAUUGGCAAUUGCUUUGAUGUUUGGAGGGUUCCCCCGGUCCUUCUUCACUGCUUACCACCAGAAGAUCCCUAAAACUCCAGGCUUUGACCAGCGGCUGCUACUGUAUCAACUUUUUAACUACCUGAACCAUUGGAACCACUUUGGGAGGGAGUACCGAAGCCCAUCCCUGACCACCAUGAGGCGGCUUCUGAAGUAGCAGCCAUUCUCUUCUCCUGCUUCACCCAGUUUCUCCAAAGGUAGUGAGGGCACCCGGGCCAUGUGACUUCAGGUACUAAUAAAGCCAGAGAGCCCUCAGGGUGUCCACUUCCAGCUUCCUUUCCCUUG